CUUUCUGAAUCCUCCUCAGUGCUGGCGCUGGGCUCACGCGUUGCAGACCACGCUGUCCCAGACCGCCUCUGUGACGCGUGGUUCUGUCCAUCUCCGGCGGUGGAAGCAGAUUCCGCAAGGCGGAGCGAGGUCUGUCGAGUAGGAAGAGGGGGACUUGCAUCAAGAUUGAGGGUGGAAGAGCCACAGGGGUUUUUCUCCACUGGUGACGGCUGCGUCGGUGACACGGUCGCAGAAAGGUGCCUGGUCGAAUCUAAGGAGCCCGUGUCCCAUGUUCAGCUUGCUCGUGGCCUGUGGUUCUGCGCUUUCCCUUUAGAUGGGAACGAACUUUGCGUGUGGAGCACCAAGGACCCUUCUUACCAGCCUCUAAUCCUAAGAGGACACCGUCAGCCGAUCACUGCUGUGACAUUUGGAAAUACAGUGAGUCCACUUCUCAUCUGUUCCGCAUCACAGGAUUAUGUUAUGUUGUGGAGUCUGGAUGAGUGCAGACAGAAAGUGCUUCUAGGGUUGACUCCUCGAGGGCUCGUCCUGGGCACCCUUCUGGGGAAGGCGCUGUAUUUGAGGCUGAGCCCGGACGACCGAGCAGCUGCGGUGUGUGCCGGGAAUAAAAUCUUUAUGCUGGAUACUGAGAGCCGGUCUACACUAGCUGUGCUGGAGGGUCACCGGGGCCCCGUGACUGCAGCUGAGUUCUGUCCGUGGCAAACACAUAUCAUCAUUUCAGUGUCUGAAGACAGAAGCUUUAAGGUCUGGGACCAUCACGCGGGAUCACCACUGUACGGCUCAGCAGUGCUAACAGCCUCCCCGCUCCUGAGUCUCCUCGUGGAUGAAAAGAGCAAGCAGUUGGUGGCGGGAUGUGCAGACGGGCAGCUUUGGGUCUUCAGUUUGGUUGAAAGACACCAUUAUCGCUGUGUGACCCGAGGUGACCUAAAGAAGAAGAGAGAGACUCUCUCCAGGAGCGUCGAGUCCAGGUUGUGCAGCCUGCCAGAGGAGAAUCGGCGUCCCCGUGCACACGGCCUGGAGAAAGGAGAGGACAUGGAAGGAAGCCUGCCUGUCCUGUCCCUGGCUCCCUGUGACCUUUCGCUCCUGCUCAGUUCUGAGUGUGGAUGCCUGCCUUCCGAGAGUGCCCCGUGCCUGUGGGUUGGAAGCUCCGCUGGCUUACUCAUACUUAACUUGGCGAACUUCGAAUUGGAAGGCGUUUUACGUUACAAGGAUUUCAGGAGCCUCAGCAUUCAGGUUGCCGGAUCGUGCGCAAUGAUGAGCAAGGCCGGCGAGCAAAAGGCCAUCUGCUUACUGACGUCCAUGUUUGGCGGUCAGAUCGCCGUGUUGGAAAUCCGUCUCACGGCUCUGGUGGGGUCUCGGCAAGGUCUCGGCUCCGGAAGGAGCCUGUCGGUGCUGCCUCGUGGCUGUGUCCUGUCCACGUCUCCGCUGCACUUCAGAAUUGCCGAGGAGCACAGGACCCCACCGGCGCCUCAGCGACGCUCCGCAGUACAGAGCACCGUUCAGGACCAGCCUCUGGUUUUCCACAGCAAAGUGAGGUCAUCUGGGUAUGCGACCGCCCCACACGUCACUGUGUUUUCACCCAAGACCAACACCAGGAAUAACGGCGACAGCCCUUCACGCCGCAGGAGCAGUCACAGGUGUAAGGAGUACCCUCUGGAGAGUUCUCCGCCAACCAGACUCCACAAGCAGCGUGUCCUUGCCCACGGGCCAGCCGCCGCGCUCUGUGUCCAGUUCUCGGGAGAUGGGCGGUGGCUGGCCUGUGGCUUAGCCAACCACUUGUCGCUGGUCUUCCGUGCUGACCUUACUGGGACACCUGCUGUCUUCUCAGGUCACGACGGGGCAGUGAGCACCGUGUGCUGGAGUCGUGACGGCCGGUGGCUGCUGUCCACUUCCCUGGAUGGGACGCCGAGGGUGUGGUCGCUGCGUAGGGCGGGGCUCGUGCUGUGUGUGGGCAGAGACCUGUUCCCGAAGCCCAUCCAGUCCGCCCAGUUUUACUACCUAGACGCUUUUAUAUUGUGUUCUUCUGGCCCUGAACUUCAGCUCCUGAAGUGUCACAUUGACACGAGCAAGGAUGAGAUAAAAAGCGUCGCCUGGCCUGUGCUGUCCACAGACGGAGCAGCCGCUCUCUGUCCCGUUAACCACCUGCUGUGCGGUCCAGCGCGGGUUUUCAGCGGGGAUGCACAGUACAAACAAAACAGCAGGUGCAGGCCCGUUUUCAGGCUCCCCACGGCUGGCCCAACAGAGAUCACCAGCCUGUCUGCCGUGAGCGACUUUUAUUCCUACCUGGUGCUCACCGCGGGCCGGGACAAGACCGUGGAGGUGUUCGACCUCAAUGCGGGCCGCAGUGCAGCCGUGAUAGCGGAAGCCCAUUCACGGCCUGUGCACCAAAUCUGUCAGAAUAAGGGAUCAUCAUUCACGACCCAACAAUAUCAGGUUUAUAACCUUUUUGCCACCACAGCCACUGGCGAUGGGAUAAAGCUGUGGGACUUGAGAACCCUGAGAUGUGAGCGCCGUUUUGAAGGACAUCCGAACCACGGAUACCCAUGUGGAAUUGCUUUUAGCCCUUGUGGACGCUACGUGGCUUCUGGUGCCGAGGACAGACACGCGUACGUGUAUGAACUGGGCUCGAGCACGUUUUCUCACAGACUGGCCGGACACACGGACACCGUCGCUGGCGUGGCCUUCAGCCCGUCAGCCCCCCAGGACCCUCAGCUAAUGAAAGUGACUGAACCACAUUUCGUCUUCAAUUGCGGCUUGCCACCACCACCCUGGACGGCAAACUACUGCUGUUUGUGGCCGAAUAACUCACCGCGGGCCGGUGCGCCGUGGGCGCGAGGGGGACGUGGCCAAGGCUGCUGGAUCCCGAGCCGCUGCCGCCCUGUGCCCCUCAUGCUGGCAAGGUCUCCUGCCCCAUGGGAUGGUCCCCCUUCCUGGAGACGGAGUUGGCCUCCAGCACUCGUGUGCAGAACGUGGUGAGGUUACAACAGAACGUUCUUCAAUAAAAAGUAACCCAGU